UUCCCGCCCUGUGCGUCACCGGCUGUCUGAGUGGUUGAUCUCAGUUAGCCAUGGGCGCUUACAUCAGCUGGCGGCGGGUGCUUUGACAGGAAGGGUUUGGCAUCUCUGGAGUCCAGAUAUGGUGAGGCACAGCGUGAUGUCGGAGCUGCAAACCAUCCAGCAUCCUCUCCAGGGUAACCCCCUGGCCGUGGGCCAAGUCGGACAGAACUAUGCCAGGAUCCAGGACGGUGGGGACGUCCCCGAUGUAGCGCCGCCUCUCUCGCAGGGUCCAGCAGAGAUGGAGAAAAGUCAGCCGGUGAACAUCCCGGAUUUUGGCAAAAGGAGAAAGAAGAAAAGGACCAGAGCGACGGACAGCUUCACAGGCACGUUUGACGAUCUCUACAAGCUGACAGACGAGGUGCUUGGCCAGGGGGCGUAUGCUAAAGUCCAAGGAUGUGUGAGCCUACAGAACGGACAGGAGUUUGCUGUGAAAAUCAUCGAAAAGGCUGCCGGGCACAGCCGCAGCAGAGUAUUCAGGGAAGUGGAGACUCUGUAUCAGUGUCAAGGAAACAAAAACAUUUUGGAACUGAUCCAGUUCUUUGAAGAUAGCUCAUACUUUUACCUGGUCUUUGAAAAGCUGCGUGGAGGCUCCAUUCUUACACACAUCCAGAACCAGAAGCACUUUAAUGAACUGGAGGCCAGUAAGGUGGUCCGGGACAUUGCCCAGGCUUUGGGCUUCCUCCACACAAAGGGCAUCGCCCAUAGAGACCUCAAGCUGGAGAACAUCCUCUGUGAAUACACCGACCGGGUGUCGCCAGUAAAGAUCUGCGACUUUGAUCUGGGAAGCGGAGUGAAGCUGAGCAGUGCCUGUACCCCGAUAACCACUCCGGAGCUCACCACACCGUGCGGCUCAGCGGAGUACAUGGCCCCGGAGGUAGUGGAGGCGUUCACCGACGAGGCCUCCUUCUACGACAAACGCUGUGACCUUUGGAGCCUCGGCGUCAUCCUCUACAUCCUGCUGAGUGGCAGCCCCCCCUUCACAGGCCACUGUGGCACCGACUGCGGGUGGGACCGGGGAGAAGCAUGCAGAGCGUGCCAGAGUCACCUGUUUGAGAGCAUCCAGGAGGGCAAGUACGAGUUUCCCGACAAGGACUGGGCCCACAUCACAGAUGGAGCCAAGGAUCUCAUUUCCAAGCUGCUGGUGCGGGACUCCACCCUGCGCCUCAGCGCUGCUCAGGUCCUGCAGCACCCUUGGGUGCAGGGGAACGCACCAGAGAGAGGUCUUCCAACUCCUCGUGUCCUGCAGAGGAACAGCAGCACCAAAGACCUGACCCAGUUCGCGGCAGAAGCCAUCGCCUUUAACCGGCAGCUCUCCCAGCACGACGAGCAGCAGGAGGACUCCGGGGUCGUCGUCUGCUCCAUGAGGCUCUCCCCUCCGUCCAACUCCAGGCUGGCGCGCAGACGGGCGCAGGCCAACGCCACGCGCAGCCGGGACUUCUCCCCCGUUUCCGACGACCUCGCAGCCUGAAAUGCCGGCAUGACCGGCCCCCCUUUUCGUCUUCUCUCUCUCUCUCAACUAGUUUCAGAUUUUUUAUUAUUUUUAAUAUUAUUUUUAUUGUUUUGCACAGGGAGUCUUACAGGAACGCCCGCUCGGUCUCAAAGGUUAACUCUUUGCGGUGUUAAAGCCGCUCUCCAUGGUCCAUAAUCUUAUCGCGAGCGCCAGAGCGACGGUUAAUCCUCCAGCUCCGACUCUUUUUUUUUUUUUUUUUUUUUUUUUAAGCUGCCUAGGUUUUAAACGUCCUCACGAGAGAGAUGAGUUUUUAGCUUUUUUUAAAAGGCGUUUCUUAAACGUUGCAGGUUUAUUUCUAGGUAUUCGUCAACCAAAACACAAAUAAAACAGACUUCUAUUAUCGCCAGCGGUUAACAUUCAAGCGCAUAUCAUUAUCAAAACAGCAUUUUAGAGGUGCAAGCCUUUUGAUGUCGUUUUUUUUUUUUUUUGCAGGUUUUAUUUAUGGUUUUCCAGCUGUGAAUUAGUCAGUGUUGCGUUUUAAAAGCUGGGGGCAUUGUUUUUUUUGCUUUUUUUAAAGCUCACACGUGGAUGUGAUCGGAUGUUUGUAUUUAUAUUUGAAAGAUAGAAAUUGAGGAUUCUUGGAGGGAACUGGACCUUUUCUUUAUAUUUCAUGUUAAAGCAAAGACUUAAGGAUCUAUUUACUGCAACACAAGCUACCUGUAGCACUGAUGUACUUUAAAGUAAAUUCAGCUUAAGUGAAUGAAAUAGAAGCCCGUUCCUGUCACUUUAAAGAAAAACACCCAUGAUCACUAUUUAUUUAUUUAUGAGACUUAAAGGUAUUAUGAGAUGAGAGGUUAUAAUUAUGAGACGGUUAAAUAUAAUUAGGACUAUUUUAAAAUAUUUCAAAAGCAAAUUAAUUAGAUAUGCAUAUACUAUUAUGGGAUAAAAGGUAUAUUUUUAUAUAGAGUUUUAGUUUCCAUAACAAGAUUUUAGUCAUUUUAUUUGGUGUUAUGAAUGCUGUCCUACUGAAACACUAACUUAUUGUUUUCUAAGCGUAUUAUUCCUCAAGAUACAAUUUUAAGUUAAUUUAUAAUACACCCUACCUCAGAACUUAUAAAAUCUUAAGUAAAUACAUAUGACUGUACUUUUAUCAUAAAUAUAACCUCUUAUCCUGAUGAAGUGGAACCAAAGUUGUUUUUGUGCACAACGUUACAGAUUAAAGCUGAUUGUGAUUCUAACUUAUUGCGUAAAAACCUUUAAACUCAAAAACGGAACAGAACACAUUUUAUUUUUAUUUUGAAAUUCAUAGAUGUGACCGAAUACGACACAUUCUGUGAUGUUUUCUUUUCAGCCGCAGCAACGGGCUCCUAUGGUAUGAGAGGGGUAUCAAAAAUGGAUUUAAAGCAUUAAUUUUACUCCUCAACCUGAGUUUGGGGUCUAAUGUAUUAUAUUUUUAGGGAUGACAAAAACACUCAAAAAAAGGUUUUUGUUUUUUGCUCUUAAAAAUUGUGACACCACAACAAGAAUAGAAGCUUGUGGAUUAGUUUGUUGUCUUGGUAGUGAUAUUUAUGAGUGUUUUUAGUCUGGUUGACUUGAGCUGUGAUUCUUGCCUUCAAAGUUGUAUCUAGUUUCGAAAGUCAGCGGCGUUUAUUUUCACGUUAGAUUUGAUAGCAAGAAGAAUAAGAAAAAAAUGUCUUUAAAGUAACCGAAGGGAUUUAUUUUUCUAAGCGUGUUUUGUUUGGAUUUGUGUCCGGUAAAUGUGAACGUGGAGAAAGCGGGAUGGAGCGAGCUACAGGCAGCCUCCUGGAACCCGUCGUUAUCUUUGCUGUUUGUUUUUAUUUCAUGACUCCAUCUCUGCUUGGAUUGCGGUGAACUUCUUUUAACCCCUUUAAGUUUCACGCGGUACCCUCGCGCUGUUGCCAUGGUCACCCCAUCUCUCCAGCAACCGAUGGGCUUCCAUGGCGGAGCAGGAGUUGAGAGAUUUGCCCAGAGACGACAUCAGGAAACAAUUACUUGCUAUGUUAAAACCCUCUCGGAACCUGCCCCCCCCCCCCCCCCCCCCCCUCUCCCUCCUUCAUGUCGGCUUGUAAUGCCAUCAAAUGAGAAGCAGUAAUGGGUGCACAAUUAAGCUUUGACGUGGAGCCUGAUGAGCGAUGCUCUGGUGCACGGAGCAGAUUUCCACUGGGAUGUUGUGUUCUCAAUAAAAACAUUGAAAUAUCA